AUGAGACACUAAGCCUAGCAUUAACAAGUGAAUAAUAUACCUUUCACUCAAUCAUUACAGCACUAGCAAAACUCAGUUUUAGGUUAGCUUUAAGAUCAAGGAGCCUAUGUAUAACAGUAAGAGCAACCUUUUAUGAAAUAGAUGAAACAAAAAAGCUCCUCUCCCUAGCCUCAAGGCUCAAAUUAUCAAAAUUAAGCAGUACCUUUUGGGAAUCAGAUUAAUAAUUAAAAGAAUUUAUCUCUACGUGGAAAUUCUACUCACAAUUAUUACCCCUAACCUUAUCAAAGGGCAAAUACCCAAGUCACUUCUUCUUAACAAUAUUAGGUUGGACAAGUCCCUAAUCCUAACAUGGCUAACAGUAUGAUAACUGGCUACAUCUCUCCUAGCAAAAUAUCUCCAAAGAAUCAACUUUAAUUGUUGUAGUAGAAUUCAGCUUAAUAGUCCUACUAAUCUCAAUAAUAAGGAAAUUAGUAGCAACCACAAGCAUGGAGAAGAAAUACUUAUUAAGGUGGGAGCACUCAACCUUAUAAGUAAGCUCCAACUGAAAUGUACUAAUAGCAGAUAACUACUCCAAUGAAAGCCUUCCCUGAUCCUUAGUAGGCUUAAUUUAAGAUAACAUAAUCAAAAAAAGUCAUGUAAAAUUUUCACAUUUAUUUUUACUCUCAACAAAGUUCUAAAGUUAUUUCGCUAAAUCAUAGUCGAAAUAAAAAUUGA